AUGUCCCGGGAUGGUUUCCCUUCAAUGAUAUUCUUCGAUGUCUUAGGGACAGUUGUGGAAUGGAGAUAUUGCAUCGCAAACGAACUGAAUGCCGCAGCACAAAGGGCCUUACAAGAUCAAGUUCGAUAUCUGAGUGCCGAUGUGCGAGCACGUGUCUCUGAUAUGUCCACUUCGAGCUGGCAGGAGAUCGCUGAGGAGUGGCAUCGCUCAUAUAUGAACUUCGGAGACACUUACGAUACAUCUAAGCCCUUUGUCUCGGUAGAUGAGUACAACCGCAUUUCUUUAGAAAAUAUUCUCACCAAACGGCUUCUCCGGGGUUUAUUUAACGAGGACGAUCUCAAAAAUUUGGCACUCGCUUGGCAUCGACUUGAGUCAUACUCUGACAGUGUGCCAGGCCUUUCGUUGCUGAGCACUAAAUUUUUGACGUCUACAUUAUCCAAUGGUAAUGUAAAACUCCUCGAAGACCUACAAGAACACAAUUCAUUGCCUUUUAAGCACAUCACUAGUGCAGAGCAUUUCGGUGCUUACAAGCCGUCGCCAGAGGUCUAUCAUGGUGCCGCCCGCAGAUUCGGUUUCAGGAAUUCGCAAUGUUGUCUCGUCGCAGCCCACCUUGAGGACUUGCAUGCCGCCAAAAAAUGUGGGUUUCAGACAAUCUAUCUCGAGAGACACUUGGAAGAAGCUUGGGAUAGUAGCGACAUUGCGCGAGCCAGAGAAGAGGGGUUUGUCGAUUUUUGGGUCGGUGUUGGGGGCUCAGGUCUGGUUGAAGUUGCUCGGUACUUUGGAAUAGAAAGUGGAUUUUGA